AUGGUGGCAACAGCGGGGGCCAGUCCCGGGCCGGGGCCGGGGGACGACUUGGUGCAAGACGUGAUUCCGUAUCGGAGGCGGUCGCGCCUGUUAUGGGGGACGGUGUUGCCCUUUUGCUUACUCUACCCGCUCUGGCUGUGGGUUUGGGGGGCAAGCGCCUCCGCCUGGGCUUGGGGGUCAGCCGCCGGCACCGAGAGCCCUGAAGCUGCGCUUCUUUUCCUCGCCGCCAUUGGGGUCGUCCACCUUCUCACGGCCUUAGCCGGCCUGUGGAGCGUCAACGUCCACUGCUUGCUCUACUGCUGUUGGGUGCGCAGUCCAAGGAAAGCUACUUUGGCUAAAGUUGUGCCAACUCCAAAUAACGGCUCUGCAGAACUGGUACCACUCCACCGAGAUCAGGGAGAAGAUGGACAGGAGGUUCUUUCCUUUGAAUUUCAAAAAAUCAAAUACUUUUGUGAGUUAAGUGAAAGCAAAAAAUUCCUUCCUGUGGCAUUUCCUGUGGAGCAUCCUCUGCAGUAUUAUCAGAAUGCACGUGGUUACCAGGAAGAUAAAGAAAUCAAAGCAGCAGAAAAAAAAUAUGGCACCAACAAGUAA